GGAACCUGUACAAACUCAAGAACUGGCUCUUCAUCUGCAAACUUUGCAAACUCAGACAACAAAACACUAGGAGCAAAUCAAAGUGAGAGACUCUUUCGAGUGCAAUCGGUCACUCAAGGUCGUUCUGCGUGAACUGGUACAAGAUGGCGGCCGAAUUUACGAGUUUAGAAAGUUGUUUGGAGAAACACCUUCCACCAAAGGAACUGGAAGAAGUGAAAAGGAUUUUGUAUGGAAAACCAGUCAGUAAAUUGGAGCUACCUGAGGCAGCAUUGAAAUUGGCAGAGGAAGGAAAUUUUGAACUGGCAGGAUACAAGUUUGAGGUCAAGGAAGAGCAACUACGCAGGCCUCGUAUUGUGAGAAUUGGAGCUGUUCAGAAUAAAAUAGUGUUACCCACAUCUGCCCCGUUGGCAAACCAGCUGUCAGCUCUCCAUGCAAGAAUAAAAGAAAUCACAGAGACUGCAGCCCUGUGUGGAGUUAAUGUAAUCUGUUUUCAAGAAUGUUGGACCAUGCCAUUUGCUUUUUGUACACGUGAAAAGCAUCCAUGGACAGAGUUUGCUGAGUCAGCAGAAGAUGGCCCCACUGUUAAACUUUGUCAGGAGCUUGCAAAACAGCACAACAUGGUCAUUGUUUCUUCAAUUCUGGAGAGAGACGGUGUUCACCAGGACAAAAUAUACAACACCACAGUUAUAAUUUCCAACAAUGGUUCUGUCUUGGGAAAAACAAGAAAAAAUCACAUUCCUAGAAUUGGAGAUUUCAAUGAGUCAACUUAUUAUAUGGAGGGAGACACAGGGCACCCAGUGUUUCAGACACAAUUUGGUCGAAUUGCUGUGAACAUUUGUUAUGGCAGACAUCAUCCCCUGAACUGGCUGAUGUAUGGAGUAAACGGUGCUGAGAUUUGCUUUAAUCCUUCAGCAACUGUGGGUGCUCUUAGUGAACCAAUGUGGCCCAUUGAGGCACGUUGUGCAUCCAUUGCUAAUACCUAUUUCACAGUGGCAAUAAACAGGAUUGGCACUGAAGUCUUUGAAAAUGAGUUUACAUCUGGAGAUGGCAAACCAGCUCACAAGGAUUUUGGACACUUUUAUGGUUCCUCUUACGUUGCUGCACCAGAUGGAAGUCGCACUCCAGGAUUAUCAAGAGUUAAUGAUGGUCUACUCGUGACCGAGGUGGAUUUGAACCUUUGUAGACAAGUCAAAGACAAGUGGUGCUUUCAGAUGACAUCCCGCCUGGAUAUGUAUGCCAAGUCUUUGACUGAGGCUAUAAAACCAGACUACAAACAACAGAUAAUUCACGAUGAAGCUUGAACAAGACAAGGACUCCACGGCGUGCAGUGAUUUUGUACCCAGAAAAGAAUUAAGUCACUAAUUUAAUAGUAUAGACCGCAUUGAAAUUUACUCUACGUCGUUUGUUUGGUUCGUGCGCGUGAUUCUUGGAAAACGAAGGUAGUAACAAUCGAUAAGUAAAGAUGAAACAAAUUUUCCUCGCUACUGUGAAGGAAAAUGAAAAUCAACGAGUAGUUGGAAUAAAUUUAAAAUUCACAAGAGUACGCUGAAAGUAAACCAUAGGUCUGUAGAGUGUAAAAUAGGCAAUCAUUUUUUAAUAAAAGUAGUUCAAUUGCA